UAAGCCUUGUCGACGCGAUCAUGUUUUCCUUUGUCAAACGUUUCUUUCGCAAAAAAUUCUCCAAAGUCCCUACACCUCCUAAAUGGAGACCUAAUAGCACCAGCCACCACUCGAGCUCCGAUGAUGGUUACAUAGCCGAUAGAUGGGAACUUUUGAUGGGUCAAAAUCAUUGGGAAGGCCUACUCGAGCCACUUGACAAAGAACUCCGAAGAUCUAUCAUCUACUGUGGAGAGAUGGCUCAGGCAACCUAUGACACAUUUAUUCGAGAUAAAUACUCUAAAUAUGCGGGUGCUAGUCGUUUUAAUAAGAAAAACUUCUUCGCCAAGUUAGGUCUUGAAUUAGGUCAUCCUUACAAGUACCGCGUUACAAAGUUCUUUUAUGGAACUUCGGGUAUAGAAAUGCCUGAUGCCUUCUUGUUUAAGCCAUUCUCAUCUAUUGAGCCAUGGAGCAAGGAUACGAAUUUUAUGGGGUACAUCACGGUGGCUGAUGAUGAGUCUGUGGAGUUAUUGGGAAGAAGGGAGAUUGUAGUGGCAUGGAGAGGGAGUGUACAAUUCUUUGAGUGGCUAAAUGAUUUUCAAUUUUUGCAAGUUUCAGCAUCUGGUAUAUUGUUAGGGCAUGAAGAUGAUGAUGGUGGGCCUGAGGUGCAUCAAGGAUGGCACUCCAUCUAUACCACCGAGAAUUUAUCAUUGCCCUUUGAAAAGGCAAGUGCAAGAGACCAGGUUCUAACAGAACUUACAAAACUGGUGGAGCAAUACAAGGACGAAGAGAUCAGCAUAACAGUAACCGGCCACAGUCUAGGCGCGGCUCUUGCAACAUUGAACGCAACUGACAUUGUCGCAAACAAAAUCAACCAACGUAAAAACUCCCCGAAUUCCAAACCUUGCAAAGUAACAGCCAUAAUAUUUGCUAGCCCUCGAGUAGGAGAUGCAAACUUUAAGAAAACAUUGUUAAAAUACGACGACCUUAGAAUCUUACGUGUACGUAAUGCACAAGAUUUUGUCCCUAACUAUCCCUUAAUUGAUUAUGUUGAUGUUGGCCAGGAGUUAACGAUCGACAUAACUCAAUCGGCCUAUUUGAAAAACCCGGGGCUUCUUUCGGUUUCACAUAACCUUGAGGUUUACUUGCACGGUGUGGCGGGUACUCAAGGGAGUAGUGAAGAAGGGUUUAAGUUGGUUGUGGAGCGUGACGUCGCACUAUUGAACAAGUUCUUUGAUUGCUUGAAAGAUGAGUACCUUGUUCCUGUUAAUUGGUGGGUGUUGAAACACAAAAGUAUGGUUCAACAAAAUGAUGGUUCUUGGAUGCUAAUGGAUCAUGAAAUGGAGGAUGAUGAUUGAGAAUUAUGUCAUUUUCAUAAAAUGUUAAGACAUAAAUAUUGUUGAAAAUGAAAUAGUUUUCUAUGAUGCUUGUAUUAUUAUCCAUUAAUGUAUUUAUGUGUGUGUGUCGUCCAUAUUCUUUUUUUUUAAUUCUUAUAUAUUUCUAAUUAAGUUUUUUCUAAGAUGUAAUGUAAGAAUGUAACCAUUUGUAUUUUCAUUUUCUAAUUACACUAUACAAAGUAUAUUUUACAUAUGAACUUUAAAUUAGCAUGCAACUGGUUUUUUAUGUGAGAUGUCAUAUUG